GUUGACAAUGAGAGUGCCCAGAACGCUGUGUACGUCAAUGUAGCGGAGCUCCGCAGAAGCAUCUCCGAGUCCCCUCCCUCUGCCUCCUCCCCUCCCUGCUCUCCUCCUUACCUGGACUCUGAGGGAUGGGAGGUGCACACUGACCAGGAGAGUGGACAGGAGUACUACUACCACCCCGAAUCGGGGCAGACCACCUGGGACAACCCCCACAUAGACCCUGACGCUCCCGCUGAGGAGCCUGUGUGUUCGUCUCCCUCGCCCUCCUCUCAGUCCCCCACCUCCGCCUCCCCCCCUGCAUGGACCUCUGAUUGGAAGCAGUGCUUUGAUGUGACCAGUGGCAUCCAGUACUUCUACAACCCAGUAUCGGGGGAGACGUCUUGGGAGCCCCCAGAGCCAGAGUGCCCCUACCCCCCUCUGAUGGAGCCUCUGAGUGUGCACAGCUCUCUGGAGGAAGGGCCGGUAAGGCCUGCUCCACUUAGACAGUCACUUACUUAGUCUAUUUUAGUUUCACCCAUGGGAAGUCUACUAAUAAUACAACGCUCAUCUUUUUAAUGAAGUUAAGCUCCUGCUAAGUCCUACACCUACAGUACAUAGCAGACAGUUAUUUUUCAUAGAUGAUGUAAUUAUCCUCAAACUAGUAGACAAUGCUUUCUGUACAUUCUCACGUUGACCUCAUUGGUAACUUUUUGCGAACUGCAUUCUUGUGUUUUCACAAUUUCAGAGAUGUGAAAGAAAAAGCUAAAAGCUGUUUAAACUGCUUAGUUGAAAUUAGGAACUUUGAAAAGCUAAAAGGAAACUAAGAGGAAUGUUAUCCAUUGUCCUGGUCUCGAUCUGUUUUGAAGCAGCACAGUGAGAGCAUGUGACAAAUAAAAUGUGAUUUGAUUUGAAUGUAACAUUCUCACAACGUGUGUGUGUGUAUGUAUCUUUGUGUUGUCUGUCCUGUCUGUGGGUGUGCAUCUGUGUUCACACACGUGUGUGUGUGCAUGAUGUGUGUGUGCGCAUGAUGCAUGUGUGUGUCCAGCCUCCCCUGCCUGAGGAGGACUACCCAGCAGAGGACUACCCAGACCCAGCCGAGGCUGACCUACCAGAAUCCCUGGAAGAGGAGCCGUUGGCUUUGUCCCCAGUGGGCCCUCACUCUUUCCCUAAGGACUACACCCCCAGCCAUGUGAUCCAGGCGGUCAUCCCCAGGGCCAGCCUGGACAGGAGCGCCCCGGCGGGCUGGAACCUCAAUGUAGACCCUGAUGGAACCUGGGUGUUCUCCAGCAAACACUCACCUGAGCAGGUAAAUAGACCCUUUAUUUAGCCGUUAUUUAUUCAGGUUAGUCUCAUUGAGAUAAAAAUAUACUUUUCAAGAGAGACCUGUCCAGGAAUGCAGUCUAGGGGGAAACCAUGCCACUCAGCUUGAAGGAAUAUUACCAGGCCACCUGAAUCGGGUGGCGUUCAGUCAGAUACCGCUACAGUAUAUGCAGUACAUUUUCUCCAUGAAGAUGCAGUGCAGAAUGGAUAUUUAACUAGACGUGUGUGUGUGGUAACAGUGGAUCAAAUCAUUGGACGACAGUGGACAGACGUACUACUACCUGAGAGACGGCUCCAGAUCCCAGUGGAACCUGCCUGAGGUUAGAUCAAGAUUAAACACCCAUAGCAAUUAAUUCUACCAUACAGAUUUAGAUAGAAAUUACCCACUCAAAUGGUAAUUAGGCAUUGAUAACCUAACUUAUUAAUUACUUAUUUGGGAGUUUCUUAUGUAGAGUUUCUCCUCUAUCAUUUGACCCCUCCAGGCCCCUGUAGCAUCAGGCCAGUCCAAGGUGGGAAUCGGUGUUGCGCUGGAUGGGGGGUCUCUAUCUAUGAAGAACUGGAGACACACCAUGGGUCCAGCUCACUUCAACUCAACCAUGGAGGAAGGGGUGAGUGCUGCUAACACACACACACACACACACACACACACACACACACACACACACAAAUACACACACCUCACAUCCCACUAGCCAGGGCCGACCACAAUAGAGCUAUAAGAGGUACAGUAGGAGUGUCAGCUGGCUCUGACAGCAGUGUUUAGAGAGGCAGAGUGAAGUGACUGGGAGAACCAUAUGAAACACCUGACCCUCUCAGCUCUCAUACUGAGUACCUUUUGACACCGUUUCCUAAAUGAGAGAGAGCCAAGCACCUGGAACACCUUCUAUUACAUUUCACUUCUAUUCUUAGGAUCACUGUGUUCAGCCAGUAACAUUUGCUGUAGUAACAAUACAGUGGUCUAUACCUCACAUAUAAAAUAGUAGAUUGUGUACUCUGGGGUAAGAUUAAGUGAUUGCAGACACUAGGAAGUCAGGAACUAGGAACUAUGCUCAAUUGAUAUAAUGGAAUAUGAAUCAAUUCUGUUUAGACGUGAUGUCGUUUUGGUCACAUUGCGACAAAGUAAAGCUUCCUUUAUUCUCCUAUUGGUCAGAAGUUCUUUCCGGCUCACAGAAGAAACGCCUCGGACUACGGCAGCGAGGGUUCCAGUGCAGACAACUCCCCAGAGAUGGGGCAGCAUCACGUGAGUCCCCCUCCUCCUCUCCUGUCCUCCUUCCCUGUCCUCCCCAGUCUACUGAUCCUCAUUAGGUUAGAUCAGCCCUGAGUCGACUGAAUAUGACAGUUCUGUUCUAACUCAAAUGACAGUUUUGUUCUAACUCAAAUGAUAGUUCUGUGAAGUUGCCCCAGCUAGAGCGCUAUGACCACUCUGACCUGACCUGUCUUUCCUCUGAAUGGUGUUUUGUUUCUUUUCCUGAAGGCUGAAUGGUUUAGACUCAGAAGAAGCCCCUCCAAUCAGAGCCCAGAGCCUCAGUGGCACAAUGUGGGUUUUUUAAUAUCUUACCACUGCCCUGAUAGAUAUUGUAUCCAUCCGCAUGCUGUCUAUCUAAGGCAGGGGUGUCAAACAUACGGCCCGCGGGCCGGAUCAGGCCCGCAAACGGGUUUAAUCCGGCCCGCGAGAUGAUUUUGAAAUAAAAUAUAUAUAUAUAUAUAUAUAUAUAUAUAUUUAUUUUUUUUAAGUAUAAAAAUGCGCUGCAAUUUUUCAAUAAAAUAAACUGCUGUUCCAAUUGAGUCCACUGGAUGGCGCAAUAGCAAUUGUGUUAAGCAAGCAAACUGUUUAUACCGGGGCAGAGCAAGUAGGUCAAGCACGUGCAGCCAAUGAGCUACUUUGUUUUGCCCGCGAUAUUUAUUACGGCUUCUACUUUUAACAUUAUGUGCUUUGGCACCCUCAUUGCCCCAAUAUGUCUCUGUCAAAAAAGAGAAAAGUGGACGCAGAGUGCAGAGUGUUCCAAGAAAAAUGGUCAUCCUAUUUAAUCACGGAAUUGAAUGGGAAAGCUGUAUGUUUGGUGUGUUCAGAGCAUGUUGCAGUGCUGAAAGAAUAUAACCUUCGUCGCCACUAUGUGAGUCUUCAUGCCGACAAAUAUGACAACUUUCAAGGACAGCGGAGAUGAGAGAAGGUGAAUGAACUGUUGGCGGGUCUGAAGAAACAGCAGUCUGUGUUUACUCACAGCCGAGACAUCAGUGACGCUGCAGUGAAAGCUAGCUACCUCAUUGCUAAUGAAAUCGCAGUGGCUUCAAAACCAUUUAGUGAGGGUGAAUUUGUAAAAACAUGCAUGAUGAAGGCAGCGGAGAUUGUGUGCCCUGAAAAGCGGCAGGCUUUUGCAAAUAUCAGCCUGACAAGAAACACAGUUGCAGACAGGAUUUCCGAUCUUUCAGUGGAUUUGGACAGCCAGUUGAAGCAAAAAGUAAAGUCAUUUAUUGCGUUUUCGGUUGCAAUUGAUGAAAGCACGGACAUUACAGAUGUUGCACAACUGGCCAUUUUUUCAUCCGCGGAGUUGAUGACACAUUGACCGUCACCGAGGAGUUCGUGCAGUUGGUGCCGAUGACAGAUACAACGACAGCAGCUGAUAUUUUUACCGCACUCGUCGGCGCGCUGGACAGGGUCGGAGUGGACUGGUCCCGCGCUGUCAGCCUGGCUACAGAUGGUGCGCCCUCAAUGAUCGGGAAAAAAGCAGGCGUUGUGACAAAGUUCAGAGAGAAAGUGCAAUCUGCUAAUGGAGGACGUGAUUUUUUGACUUUUCACUGUAUUUUGCACCAGGAGGCUUUGUGUUGCAAGUCAUUAAAGAUGGAUAACGUCAUGAAGGUGGUCAUCCAAACUGUUAAUUUCAUCCGAUCCAGAAGCCUGAAUCACUGUCAGUUUGACAGCCUUCUCAGAGAGAAAGACCACAUCUAUGGCCUGCCAUACCACACUGAGGUAAGAUGGUUAAGCCGAGGUGCUGUGCUGAGGCGUUUCUUUGAUUUACGAGAAGAAAUUGAACAGUUCAUGGAAGAAAAGGGCAAACCAGUGUUAGAAUUUCAUUCCGCAGAAUGGAUGCUGGACCUUGCAUUUAUGGUGGAUGUUACAGAGCACCUGAAUAACUUGAACAAACAGCUGGUUGUCACGCAGUAUUAUGACAGCAUACGUUCUUUCAAGUUGAAGCUGUCAUUGUGGGAGACGCAACUUGCCGGUGGUGAUGCAGCUCACUUCCCCUGUCUGAAAAAUGUGUGCGCGACCCAACAUGUGGCAGACAUGAAGCGGUUCAAAGAUAAAAUAACUGGACUGUUACGGGAGUUUGAGCAACGCUUUCAGAUUUAUGUUUAUAUGUUUUUAUGUUGAUGUGCUAUUGUUUUUAAUUGAUUUUAUUUUAUUUGUAUAUUUAACCUAUUCUUGACUCUUGCACUUGUUUGGGGAACAGGAUUUCAUUAUUUUUUUAUCUACAUUUCUGCCUGAGAAAUGACACCCUGAUAUAGUUCUGUGAUCUGUGAAACAGUUCUGUUAAUCACUGAGGCAUUGUGUGUUUGUGUGUUCUUUUUCUUUAGAAUUUUCAAAUAAACUUGACGUGUUUUAUGAUUAAUAGUGAUGUUGUGCUUGUACUAUUUUGGACACACUGUCCUCAGGCUCCAGCUUUAUGUUGUAUGUUGAUCGUAUUAAAACAAAGAAAACAAUCUGAAGUUGUUGUUUUUAAGUUAUAUAUACCAUGAUUUUUCCGGUCCGGCCCACUUGGGAAUAGAUUUUCCUCCAUGUGGCCCCUGAGCUAAAAUGAGUUUGACACCCCUGAUCUAAGGGCUAGUGAUGUGUUGCACCCGUAUAUUGGUGAAUUUGUAAGUAGAAUAGUAGUUGCAUGGGACAAUGCUUAUAUUGCAUAGCUACACCUGAGAGAGUGGAAAACAGAUGCCACUUGGGAAAUUGUAUAUUUCCUGGUAUAUUAAUAGAUGGGUUUUCCCCCUGUUGAGGUCAGCUGACUUCACAACACUUUUGGGAAAACUCUCAGCCAGAGCCACCAACUGCCGCACCACCUCAUCACACCUCACUACACUGUGAAAGAGGGCAUGCAAUAGUCUAAAAUGUGUCUAUGGCUUCAUCCCAUCCAUGCUGUUCAUUAUAAAACAUAGAGGUAGAGGUGUCUGUUAACAAGCUAUUACAAAGUAGCUUGUUGUGAGAGUUUAGCCACAGGCUUUUUUGUGCAUUUCUGUUUGUAGAGGUUAACAGGAUUGUACUGUGUCAAUGCAUCAAUAAUGAUGUCUCACUUGAACACUUGGCUUCACAUAAUUAAAGCAUGUUAUGUUUGGAUCCUUUUUCAGGUGCAGAGUUUAGAAAAAGCUGGAAUUCUCAACAAAACUAAAGUGUCAGAGAACGGGAAAAGAGUAAGGUAAUUCUGACCUCAUCCAAAGUCUUGGCAUAAUUACUCACAUGAAAGACAUGGAAGCAAGUGAUGGAAUUAUCAGCCAUGAACUUGAAUGUAUAGUCAUCCAUUACAUUACAGUACAGUAAAGCUCACACUCAGUGGCCUUCCUGUAGGAAAAAUUGGGCCCAGUCAUGGACGGUUCUUCACGGAGGGGUUCUGACCUUCCACAAAGACCCCAAGUCUGCAGCCACAGGUGCCUCGGUAAGUGAGAGGUGCACACCUGUUAACUGCACAGAUAAAGAACUCUUACAUCACUGUUUAAUUUCAUGGAAUGCAGUACUGUCAGUUUUCAUCAACUGUCCUCCAUGAUGUCUUUCUCUCUCCACAGAACAAGACCAAUCAGAUCGUUCCAGAGGUCACGGUGGAGCUACGAGGUGCAACGAUUGGCUGGGCUCCCAAGGAUAAAUCCAGCAAAAAGAACGUCGUAGAGGUGAGUUGACAGUUGGUUGCUAUGAAAUCAUAAUCCAGGAGUUGUACUAAAUACAUCAAAUAAAAUUAUUCAUUUGGGUUUACCAUUUAUUAUGAAAUCAAAUGUAAUUGACUAUAAAUGCACAAUUUACUGCCCAUUGUGAUAAGUGAUUCUGGGAAGCAACAUCAUGUGAGAAUAUAUUUCCCAUUAGUCAAAGAUUGUUAACCUCCCUAUCAAUCUGUAAAGCAAAUGUUUAAUGUCAUAAUAACCUCUGUUGUAUGUUGUCUCUUCAGUUGAAAAACAAAAAUGGCGUUGAGUUUCUGAUACAGUACGACACUGAGAGUAUCAUCAACGACUGGCACAAAGUUCUAGUCGACACCAUUCGACAGCUGGUAAGUUUCUUGAAUGUUUGGAAGUAAAUUAACUUGCACACCUUAAUGUGCUUCUAGGUGCAUGGAGAAAAAUAUGUACUGAAUAAAAAUAAGAAAAACUCCCUGAUCAAGGUCAAUUUAGGAUGGUUAACUUAAUGGCUGCUGGUUCAAACAUCAUGCAUGUUAGCCAAUGACAUUGCAGGACCAGGAUCACCACCAAUCUGAGGAGGAGGACGGGGACAUCAGUGAGAAGUCCUCCGGUACAGACAGGGGUGACAGGUCACCAGGCGCCCUGGACAAGAGGAGGAUGUGUAAGUUCUCCCAAGUGCACUAUUCCUGCUCCAAAUAGCAGACGUUUCAGCUGCAAUAGCCUCCACCAGGUCAAAUUGCUCAUGUUUCGUGACUGUUUAACCCCCUUCUCCUCGUCUUCCUCCUUGACUUCCUCCUCCCCAGCUUCCAGACCGAGCACGGCCACCUCCUCUGGGGGAAAGACGGAUCAGAAGAAGGUUCGUACCAAGCUGAUCAAGUUCCUCCUGAAACGACCCACGCUGCAGUCCGUCAAGGAGAAGGGUUACAUCCGAGGUGGGCACAUAGGGUCUUCAUUCCUACAAUGCUGCACAUGCCUAACUUGCUCCAAAUCAGGCUACAUUACAUUUACUGUCAGGAUUUGUCACGACUAUGUGAUUUGAAUGAGUCAAUAAAGUUUGUACAAAUCUUCUGUUGUUGUGGUUGUGAUACGGGUCAACAUUGUAUAUACUGUACACUAACAUCCAUCAUCCUUCCCCUCAGACAAUGUGUUUGGCUGUCAUCUGGCUGCACUGUGUGCCCAGGAGAAAACUACAAUCCCAAGCUUUGUGGAGAAAUGUAUCCGAGCAGUGGAAAAGAGAGGUAAUGAUUAGUAAUCACAGUGAUGAUGAUUAUGUUUUAUGCCAGCAAUAACAUUGUAAUAGCAGUGUAUUACUCAGCACAGUAUAUACGGUAAUAGAUUGACCCCAAUGCUGAUGUGUGUUUGGCUUCACAGGUCUGGACAUGGAUGGACUCUACAGAGUCAGUGGGAACCUAGCUGUCAUUCAGAAACUACGCUUCAAGGCAGAUCAUGGUAAUGCCCAUCUCUUUACCUUCUGUAUGCACGUAUGUGUGUGUAUGCAUUUGUGUGUGUGUGUGUGUGUGUGUGCGUGCGUGUGGCGUCUGUGUCUAUAUUUGUGUGUGUGUGUGUCUUGUUCUUUGACUGUGUUGUGUGAUGUGAUUCUGUUCCACAGAGGAACUGGACCUGGAGGAUGGCCAGUGGGAGGAUAUCCACGUCAUCACAGGGGCUCUGAAGCUUUUCUUCAGGGAGCUUCCGGAACCCCUCUUCCCCUUCAGCCACUUCAGCCACUUCAUCCAGGCCAUAAGUAAGCAGCAGGCCAGACGCGGUGGCCCCACAAUGUCCUCCAAGUUCCUCACUCAGUGUAGAAUAGCCUGAAACUGUGUUAAGUAUUGGCCCCACAAUGGCACCUCCGUUUUCUUAACCAGUGUAGCACUGUGUUAUGCUAUUACUUCACUAUCAAGGAAGGACAAAUCAUGUUUACCACCCCACUUACCUUUUUAUGAAGUAUUGGAGAUUAUAACACACUUGUGCCCUUGAAUCUAUACAUUAGUGUAACAUUUAUUGUUCUGUCUUGUUUUCAGGAGCUGUUGAUUACAACCUCAAAGUGUCUUACAUGCGAGAGCUGGUGGAAUCUCUCCCUCGGCCAAACCAUGACACCAUGGAACUCCUCUUCAGCCAUUUACGCAAGUAUGUCUUUCACACUCACAUGUUUCCUGUAUUUCAAAUGGUCCCCUAUUUGUUAUUUAGAGGACUGUUUUUGACCAGAGCCCUAUUGUAAUGAUGAUAUUAUGAUAACUGAUUAUAUUCUGCUUCUCUCACUCUCUCUCACUCUCUCUCUCUCACUCACUCACUCACUCACACUCUCUCUCUCUCUCUCUCUCUCUCUCUCUCUCUCUCUCCAUCCUCUCUCUCAGAGUGAUAAACUAUGGAGAAGAAAACCGUAUGACUGUGCAGAACGUGGCUAUCGUCUUCGGUCCCACGCUGCUCCGGCCAGAGAUGGAGUCAGCCAACAUCGCCAUGCACAUGGUUUUCCAGAACCAGAUAGUGGAGCUAGUCCUCAACGAAUACGAAUACAUCUUCCAUUCCAGUUGA